AUGGUGAAAGCAACUAACGAAAAAAAAAACGCUGGAGAUAAUAAGGGAGCUAACGCAAAAAAUAAUACCAAUGCCAAAGGAGCAAAUGAUAAAGCUAAUAAAAAAAAAGGAAUGAACAAAGGAAAAAGUGUUGUUAAAAAAUCAAUAAAUAAAAAUUCAAGCAAAAUGCAAAAGAUAACAACUUCUAUUCGUUUUAAAAGACCAAGAACUUUGAGAUUAAAGAAAAAUCCCAAAUGCCCUAAAAUCCUCAAGUCAUGUUACAAAAAGACUUUAGAUAAAUAUGGCAUCAUAAAAUACCCUUUAACCUCAGAAAAAGCAAUGAAAAAAAUCGAAGAAAUAAACACCCUUGUUUUUAUCUGUGACAAAAGAGCUGACAAAAGAAAAAUAAAAAAAUCUGUUAAAUCCUUGUUCGAUAUUAAAUGUGCUAAAGUCAAUGUUCUUAAUAGAUUAAAUGGAGAUAAGAAGGCAUAUGUCCGAUUAUCCAAAGAUCAUGAUGCAUUGGAAGUAGCAAACAAAAUAGGAAUAUUAUAA